CGGGGCAUGAGGAGCUAGCUGAGCGUCUCGAACGAGGCGGGCUGACGGCAGCACCAUGCAGGCGGCGGCGGCUGCGUCCGUGCCCUUCUUGCUGCUCUGCGCCCUGGGGACCUGCCCCCCGGCGCGCUGCGGUCGGGCAGGAGACGCCUCGUUGACGGAGCUGGAGAGGAGGAACGAAAACCGCUUCCUGGAGCGCCAGAGCAUCGUGCCACUCCGGCUCCUCUACCGCUCGGGCGGUGAAGACGAAACUGGACACGACGCGCUCGACACGCGGGUGCGGGGCCACCCCGGCGGCGGGCAGUUGACUCAUGUUGACCAGGCAAGCUUCCAGGUUGAUGCCUUUGGAACAUCCUUUAUUCUCGAUGUCGUGCUAAACCACGAUUUGCUGUCCUCUGAAUACGUAGAGAGACAUGUUGAACAUGGAGGGAAGACUGUGGAAGUUAAAGGAGGAGAACAUUGCUACUACCAGGGCCGUGUCCGAGGAAACCCUGCUUCAUUUGUUGCAUUGUCAACAUGCCAUGGACUUCAUGGAAUGUUCUAUGAUGGGAACCACACCUAUCUCAUUGAACCAGAAGAGAAUGACACCUCCCAAGAGGAUUUCCAUUUUCAUUCGGUUUACAAAUCCAGACUGUUUGAAUUUCCCUUGGAUGAUCUUCCAUCUGAAUUUCAGCAAGUACACAUCACUCCACCAAAAUUUAUUUUGAAGCCAGCACCAAAAAGAAGUAAACGGCAGCUUCGUCGACAUCCUCGUAAUGUAGAGGAGGAGACCAAGUAUAUUGAACUGAUGAUUGUCAACGAUCAUCUCAUGUUUAAAAAACAUCGGCUUUCAGUUGUACAUACCAAUACAUAUGCAAAAUCGGUGGUGAACAUGGCAGAUUUGAUCUAUAAAGACCAACUGAAGACAAGGAUAGUAUUGGUUGCCAUGGAAACCUGGGCAGCUGACAACAAGUUUGCCAUAUCUGAAAAUCCAUUGAUCACCCUACGUGAGUUUAUGAAAUACAGGAGGGAUUUUAUCAAAGAGAAAAGUGAUGCAGUUCAUCUUUUUUCGGGAAGUCAAUUUGAGAGUAGCCGGAGCGGGGCAGCUUAUAUUGGUGGGAUUUGCUCGUUGCUGAAAGGAGGAGGCGUGAAUGAAUUUGGGAAAACUGAUUUAAUGGCAGUUACACUUGCCCAGUCAUUAGCUCAUAAUAUUGGUAUUAUCUCAGACAAAAGAAAGUUAGCAAGUGGUGAGUGUAAAUGUGAGGACACGUGGUCUGGAUGCAUAAUGGGAGACACUGGGUAUUAUCUUCCUAAAAAAUUCACUCAAUGUAAUAUUGAAGAGUAUCAUGACUUUCUGAAUAGUGGGGGUGGUGCCUGCCUUUUCAACAAACCUUCCAAGCUGCUCGAUCCUCCUGAAUGUGGCAAUGGCUUCAUUGAAACUGGAGAGGAGUGUGACUGUGGGACCCCUGCAGAAUGUGUCCUUGAAGGAGCAGAGUGUUGUAAGAAAUGCACCUUGACUCAAGACUCUCAAUGCAGCGAUGGUCUUUGUUGUAAGAAAUGCAAGUUUCAGCCUAUGGGGACUGUGUGCCGAGAAGCAGUAAAUGAUUGCGAUAUUCGUGAAACGUGCUCAGGAAAUUCAAGCCAGUGUGCCCCAAAUAUUCAUAAAAUGGAUGGAUAUUCAUGUGAUGGUAUUCAGGGGAUUUGCUUUGGAGGAAGAUGUAAAACCAGGGAUAGACAAUGCAAAUACAUCUGGGGGCAAAAGGUGAUGGCAUCAGACAAAUACUGCUAUGAGAAACUGAACAUCGAAGGGACAGAGAAGGGUAACUGUGGAAAAGACAAAGAUACGUGGAUACAGUGCAACAAACGGGAUGUGCUUUGUGGUUACCUUUUGUGCACCAAUGUUGGUAACAUCCCAAGGCUUGGAGAACUUGACGGUGAAAUCACAUCUACUUUGAUUGUGCAGCAGGGAAGAACAUUAAACUGCAGUGGUGGGCAUGUGAAGCUUGAGGAAGAUGUAGAUCUUGGCUAUGUGGAAGAUGGGACACCUUGUGGUCCCCAAAUGAUGUGCUUAGAACACAGGUGUCUUCCUGUGGCUUCCUUCAACUUUAGUACUUGCUUAAGCAAUAAAGAAGGCACUGUUUGUUCAGGAAAUGGAGUUUGCAGUAAUGAGCUGAAGUGUGUGUGUAACAGACACUGGGUGGGUGCAGACUGCAGCACUUACUUCCCUCACAAUGAGGACUCCAAGACUGGCAUUACUCUGUCUGGCAAUGGUGUUGCUGGUACCAAUAUCAUAAUAGGCAUAAUCGCUGGCACUAUCUUGGUGCUGGCCCUCAUAUUAGGAAUAACUGCAUGGGGUUAUAAAAAUUAUCGAGAACAGAGACAGUUACCCCAGGGAGAUUAUGUAAAAAAGCCUGGAGAUGGUGACUCUUUUUAUAGCGACAUUCCUCCCGGAAUCAGCACAAACUCAGCAUCUAGUUCUAAGAAGAGGUCUGCUUUUCUGUCGCAUUUUCAGAUUUCUGCCUGUUCCAUCACACAUUAUUCCAUUAGUCAGAACAUUUCAUUAUUUUGCAGCAGGUCUAAUGGGCUUUCUCAUUCUUGGAGUGAAAGGAUCCCAGACACAAAACACAUUUCAGACAUCUGUGAAAAUGGACGACCUCGAAGUAACUCUUGGCAAGGUAACGUGGGAGGCAACAGAAAGAAAAUCAGAGGCAAAAGAUUUAGACCUCGGUCUAAUUCAACUGAGAGGGAGCCCCAAGCACCUGAGCCUGGGCACUCCCUCGCCCAGACAGUCCCAUCCCAAGGCAUAAGCCCAGGGGGCUCUGACAGCCCCCAGACAGGGAGUCUGGAUCACAGGUAUUUAAACCCAUGGUUCAAAAGAGACUAUAAUGUAGCUAAGUGGGUAGAAGAUGUGAAUAAAAACACUGAAGGACCAUACUUUAGCUCUCAAGAUGGCCAGCGUCAGGAAGACAGGACUCUAUCUCCUGCCAAGUCUCCUUCUUCAUCAACUGGGUCUAUUGCCUCCAGCAGAAAAUACCCAUACCCAAUGCCUCCACUUCCUGAUGAAGAGAAGAAAGUGAACCGACAAAGUGCCAGGAAACCCAGCCUCACGGAAUCACUGCAAAUCUAUCUGCUCUUCAGACAAUACAGACCCUCUGAGAUGCCACAGAGGAGAGGAAGCCGAGUCUCACGUCUGGAUACCAUUUUCUUUUUGUCAUUGGCUUAGGAUUUAACUGAACCAUGAAAAGAACUACUGAAAUGUUACACUAUAACAUGGAAAAAUAAAGGUACCGGUAUGUUAAUGGAUAAUCCGCAUGACAGAUACAUGUAGAAAUCUCACUAAAAUUAACUCAUGACCCAAAUGUAGCAAGUUUCCUAAGGGACAAUAGUGGAUUCAGAACUGACAUUCUGAAGCACAUCCUCAUUGUAGACAGUAAUGCUAUGUGCAUGAAGCUUCUGUUUAUUGCUUUCCACAUUUAAGGAAACAACAUCCCAUAAUAGAAACUAGCAUGCAGGGCUAAGGCAUAUAGGAUUUUUCUGCAGGACUUUAAAGCUUGAGAGGCCAAUAUCCCAUAUGCUUACUCGAAACAUGUAUCUUUAUUUUUGUUUUUUUACUUUUCAUAUUUAUAUCAGCAUACAAGGACAAUUGUACAUAUGUAAACAUUUUUAAAAUAAAAAAAGCAACUGUUACACACAAGUGUAUUUUGCCAAAUGCCUAAAAAUAAUCAGUAACAGGCACAUCGUCAUCAUCCAUCAAAUGGUCUUUAAAGAUGAUAAACAGAUGAUGUUGUAAAUAUAGUGGUCAGUGCCCUAAGUGUCUCUCUCCGUAAUUGGUAUUUGUCCUCCAAAACCUGUGAUAUCCCUUUAAGCUGUGCACAGCCUGGAGGCAGUUUUCUUGAGUGAUUAAUCGAACCAGAGAAGAAAAUGCCCAGCAAAUCUGGGGCUUCCACAUUGGCUGGGGCAGGAGCUCAGUAGUGUAGCCAGUCUCUGGCCUCCAGGCACUCACUCUGAGGCUGAUGGCUGCUCCCUGGGAGUCCUCCAGCCAGUGUCUGCCUCGGCAGCUGUUGUCUUUCAGUAUCAGAGCACGCCUAGUCUCACCCUGGAGGCCCGUGAGCCCCUCAGCAGCACGUCCUGCUGACCUUAAGCAAGUGUACCAAAGACACGUGAGACCGGGGCCCCUGAUACAUUGAUAGCUUCCGACUUGCCGACACUCUAACCCUUUGUGGCCUCAAUUUUUGUUCUUUGACAAAACUUUUUAGCUACCUUUAUCUGUAAGAUGAAUAGCUUGUUUUAAUAAAACCAACUUUUACACUUUAUCAAGGAUAUUUAUCAUCAGUAGGAUGUGAGUCCAACAGGUCAUUCCGCACUGAUGUGGAAGCAAGGUGAUGGAGGUUCUACCAACUGGGUGGGAAACCUCAACAGGCCACAGAGGGUUAGAAGAAACCUAAAGCCCCAAGUGUGCGGCAACUGUGAAGUUACCCAAACAGCUGGCAGGGGAAAAGAUCUGAUGUUUUGAACUCUUUUUUUUUUUUUUUUUUUUUUUAAUCCAUAGAAAAGUGAGAAAUCUAUGUUAAAGUCCCUUCUUUAAAACCAAAGUUGGAUAGCUGUUACAACGCAGCUCUGUCAUUCUAAAAGAAAACUUCCCUGGGAAAGACUACUCUAGUGAACUCCGAAAUUGAUGGGAUCAAUCCAAUGCUUUGAUGUGAAGAGUACUUCUGAAUUUCCUCAUUUUCUUUCCUUUUUCUUGAGAGGAAUGGAAUCUGCAGACAAGAUUUCAGAAGUAUUCUCCUAAAUUUGAUCUCUCCCAAUAGUGUCCAUGGUCAAAAUCCAUUUCAUGUUCACAUAUAGUCAUCUUAGAUGCCCAAACUGCAGGGCCAUGUUAGAGGCAGUAUUUUAUAUUCUAUGGUUUUUGUCUUCUGUAACGGACCUCUCUUCUGAAAGUCUUUGAAAAUGUUUGACAAGAAAUUUAAUCACUCAAAACUAUAAAGUGUUUGUAAAUGGCAUUUUUCAUGACAGGAAGGGAUGUGAUUGUCAAUACUACAAUGAAAUGAUCCAUCAGAUUAAGAUUUGGGUGAGUGUUGGGUGACAAUGCCAUGUAGCUCAAAUGAAGGGCAGGAGGGCAGACAGAUUUAAAGAUGUAGCAAAUAAAGUGGCUUUUGACCAAGAUCACUUUAAUGUGCACUGAAUAUUUUCUGGUAUUGAGUGUAUAAAAUGCUAAUGUUAUAAGAUUUAUUUUGACUAUAAAAGAGUUUAUAGAUUUGAAUGUAAGGUACCUUGUGUAAAUAUGCUUCCUAGUUGUGGUUACAUAAACCCUAAUUUGAAAGAAUUUACAAAUGGGGAGCUACUUGUCAACAGAUUCCCUCCCAUACACUUUCCUUACUUUCUCAAUUAUUUUUACAUGAAAACUAUUAUUUCAAGUAAAAGUCAUUGUAACAUGUCUUUUGUAAGGCAUAGUUAUUUAUAGUCAGGCUCCUUGAUAAUAACCUUCAGGUGGAACUGAAUGAAAAGCAUUUGUUUUAUUUGCAGGAAGAUUAUGAUUUUAUGGUAGCUUUAAUGUUCUGUUCUGGGUAUCUGCCUAAGAAUGUUUGAACAUUCUUACAGCCAUUUGCAGAAUUCUCUGACAAGUUUAUAAUCUUAGUGGCUACUUUUGAGAAAUACCUAUACAGGUACUCAUGGUUGGUAUUUAGAUGUAUUAAAUCUAAAUAUUUAUGACUUUUCAUCCACUGAAACAGGAAAAUGGACCUAUGGCACUAAACACAAGCACAGCAUUAGAACUUUUUAAUAUAUUUUGGAGAGGAACUUUGAGGUCAUCAGAGCGGUUUGUAUCACGCAACUAAUAUUUAUAGCCCCCAGUCAAUUAUAGAACUCUGAUGCCAAGCAGAGAAGAGUGGUUCAUUGGCCUUUCUCUUCCAUUGUAUGCCUUUUUCUUUUCUUUCUAAAGUUUUUUGCAUAGAUAAAACUUCAGAUUGACAACCGUGCUGCCUGCAAUGGUCCAUUUGUCCAUAGACAUUGCAGUAUAGCAAACUCUGACUUAAACAUUGAAAUCUCUUUAUUAAGAAUGAUAACAAGGGGGUGGGGGUAAGAGGGAGCCCCUGAAGGAACUGAGGUCAGACUUACCGGUCUGUGUCCAGCCAACUCUUUCUUUAGUCAGGAAGUAGCGUCCUCCUCAGGAGUCCCUCAGCUGGAAAGUGAUCCCAGGUCACGUGCAGCCUGUGGAAAGGAACCCACUCAAACAGCACAGCAUAGUGAGGGCCUUCAGUUUACCUUAGUUGCUCUAUAGUUUAAAGAAACCCAGGGCUGUUCUUUAAAAAUUUUUGACUAAUAAAGUAAAUGUAGGGUUGGAAUGUCAAAAAUACUUGAGAUAGGUGCUUUAUUAAGUGAUACUAGUUUCUUUUUCCCCUGGCUUUAAAAAGGCUUUUAAAAUUGUCUUUAUGUAUAAAGUCAGUCUGGUAUAGAUUUCUGUGCAUAAGAUAGAUAGGGUUUCUAAAAGAAGUUGCUGAUAAAAUUAGAUCUUUUGUGCACUUCCCAAAAAGGACUAUUUAUGUUUGAUUUUCAUCACAGCCUUACGUUUCUGUUGUUGUUGUUGUUGUUGAUUCCCUUGCAAAUUUGCAUAAUUUAAACUGUCAAUUGUCCCAGAUCUCUUUACCUUUUGCUUUUUUGGACUUUGUUCUUUACUUUUUAGUUACCUAUGGGCUGGAGGAGAUGCGGUAUUUCUAUGCCCUCCUUUACAAAAUCAAGCGUGUUUAUUUCAUCCAUUCUUCAUUUCCUGUUGUCAUGUACUUCUACUUUAACUUAUAUAUUUAGUGUUUUAAUGUUUCCUCAUGUUAUUCAACAUAAUAAAUCCUUACCUAAAGAGAAGACUAUUUUACUUUAUUUUACUUAAACGUAAAGGAAGGGUAGUUUAUUGGGAGGAUACCGAGUAGCUGGCAGUGCCGAGAUGUGGCACUCAGUGGACUGAAGGAACGAAGGGUGGCCAGCCGCUUGCUGCCACAGCCUGACUAGGACACCACUGCCAGCUGCUGUCAAGGGCGCCCCCUUGGGCAACGUAUUAUAAAUUCCAUCCUACCAACUUGGUAAGUUGCCAUCAGUUUUUCAUGAAAUGUUCUGACUUCCACUGGCGGCAUAACAUCUACAUUUCAGGGUCCUGAUGGUCCUUUUCCUUUUGCUUCCGUUUUCCCCUAAAAUUGCUACGCACAUUUUUGUUGUUGUUCAAUGGAGUCAAGGUGAAUUUCUCAUUCUACUAGCUUAAAAUAUAUAAAAGGCAGAUAUUUCUGUGGAAUAGGGCUUAAUUUGAGGCUUGUUAAUUUUUUGUUGUUUUUCCCCUCAGUUAUUUUCUGAAUGGAUAAAAACUGUUCUGAUUUUGGAUGCAGCACGUUUCCUCCUGGCAUAGGAGCACUAAGCACUUUCAUAAACAGCUUCCCCUGUUGGAUUGUGAGGAGCCCACACUGCUCUUAUGAAUCCGUUAAGAGGCAGCAGCCCACGAUCUGAGUGUCUGUAUGCGUGUGUGCACACGUGCACAGCCUCAUGUGCUAGAACUCUGGGCACAUGCUGAUAGCAUAUGCUGUGCAGGCAGGUGCCUUUAAUUCUGAGAGCAGCUUUCCCAGAUGUUCAUCAAAUGAAGAUACAGCAGGACUUUAGAAAUCAGGGCAUAGUAUUUCUCUUCAUGUUUUAUUCAUGGCUUUGUCAGAGCCCCUAACAUGGAGCACCAUCUGGUUCAGUUUAUAAGUAGAAAAGCAAAACAUUCAAAAACAAAAACCUGCCUGGCAUUUUUGUCCUUUAUCUCCAGGACCUGACAAACAGUAAGCAUCCUCCCUACGGAGUCUGAGAGAUGCUUCCAAACCCUUCCUACUCCUCUUCAGUAGCUUGCCAGCCCUUUUCUCCUCACUGUCGUGGAGGUAAGUCCCUUCUUGGCUAAACUGGCACUGGGGAGAACCACAGGGUGAAGAAUAGGAGGAAGAGAGGCACCUUUAGUCUUCUCUCACUGGCAACUGGGCAUGGAUUAUGCAACAUUUAGAAGUCACUAAGAGAUUGGUCCUCGGGUAUAUUUCAGGAUGGAGGGGGGAUAGAAAGUAGUGAGCCUUGGGAGGUCACGGGGUAUUUAGUCUUGACACAGGAGCAGAAUGGAGACGCACAUGAGCCCAGAAGCCAGGUGUGCAGAAGGUGAUCAGUGGGGAUGUGGUGGGGACAGAGGGGCUGAGUGCCUAAGACAGACUGGUAUACUUUGCAGUUUUACUGAGUGUUGGCUCUAUAAAUACUUUAUGGGCCCAGUACAUGUUGGGCCUGUCACCCUUGCUCAGUGUGUCCCUAUUGAAUUGUUCAUAAAACCUGUAUUGAAUGGAGACGUACUUCAAGGCUGGCAGAGUUUUGCUCCAGGGCACCAUUAUUUCAUGUGUUUAGGUAUCCUUAAAAUCAAAACCAGGGAAAAUGUAGGGUGGCUUUUUUUUUCUUUUUUUUUUUUUUACAAAAAGGCAUACAAUGAGACUAGCAAUCUUAAGAUAAUGCACUUACAAAAUCAUCAGUAAAGUUUUCAAAGAGUUUAUGAAAAGGACAUUUUCCUCUCAAGUUAAAAAAGUGUCAGAUGUGGAUUUUUUGUGUUGUAAUGGUCAAACUCUAAAAUAAUGCAAAUAGCCCCCAAAUCUUUAAACAUAGCGGUGCUAAGUUCUACCAGAUAACACAUUAUGGAAAGUGCUGAUAUGAAUUAAUAAUUUAUUCAGUUAUGAUACAAGAGUUCUUGCUAAGUUAUACAUGUAUAUCACUGCCUGAUUAGAAACCCCACUUUCUUUUCUAAUCUAGCACAAAAUCUGUGAUUCUACAGCCAGUCUUUUUAAUGGGUAAAAAUGACCCAACACCUUUGUUUUAUAUGGGAAACUUUUUUUUUUUUUUUUAACACUAACUUCUAAAGUGCUUAACAAAAGGUUUAUUCAGGAUAACUAAGCACGUAUGUCCUUUUUAAACUUGCUGGAAGAGACUUACCCCUCCAAUCUAGCAUCCCAAAAAGACAACUUCUUUUAGGAACUGGGCAUUCUAACUAAACAUAGCAGCUUAUAUGUUAGCCAAGGUAGGUCUGCGCUAGUGUUUUCCACAACCAUCAUCUUAAGGGGUGAUGUCCAUCUACAGAUAGUGGAAGCCACUUCAUGGGGAAGUGUUAUUAUCGGCAUGAUUUCACUUUUGGUAACCAGGUAAUCCUGUGUAUAUACCUAAGAUUGGCUUCAUUUUAAUAUAUUCUCUCUGCUCCUCUGCACUUCAGGUCUUCAGCUAUUUUAAAAAUUGGGUUUUGGCAAUCACCAACUGAAAUGUUUAUGGCAACUGCUUUCCUGAGCAAGCGUGAUGUGUUUUAUGGCUGUUCAAAUUAUCAAGUUGUUCUUAUAUUGUAGGUAUACAAAAACCUUAACUGUUUUUAAAGGUCACUGUAACUUGAGGUUCAAAUUUCUGGCACAAUUUUAUUUGUAUUCACUUCUGAAGCUAAAAAGAUACCACAGUUUUCUAUGUUACUCUCAUUGUAACAUCAAUAAAGUGACUUUCAAUAAAAGAUUUUAUGUUAUUUUGA